UGGAGGGAAGUUGGUUGUUGGCAAAGAACAUGUACAAGAAGAAACUAACUUGGUUCGUCCUUAUUUUGUUGAUAACAUGUUUCAAUGCGUUGCUAGAAAAGUUUUAUACUGUUCCAAGUCCUGGUAUACCUGAAGAAAGCAUUUUUCAGAUAACAACUGCUCAAGUGGAUAAGGAGAUUCCUUAUGAAAGCUGGUGGAGAGAUGAUACCGAUUAUGAGCAACAACAACAACAGUUAUCCAACCGUCCAACGACAUCAUCAUUCAGCCAUGAAGAAAUAUUCACAGAAGUGCAAGGAGAGUCAUCUAGUGAUGUAUCUUUCCAGUCUUCAAUAAGACCAAGCUUCAGUCAGAAACCAAAAACAACUCCUAUCAACAAAGAAACAACGAAGAAUACAAAUGCCCGUGAAAAGAAAGCCUCUGUGACUAAGAAUCAAUCAGGAGUCUCUAAGAAGGAAGCGAAACCAACCAUGAAAAAUAUGCCUGUUUCAAGUGCUAAGGAUAUUAUCUUUGAUGAACCCCAUUAUUUUUAUUUGAAUCAAACCAAAGUUAUGCUUAUGCUGAGUAAAUUUAUUAAGCAGUAUAGAAUCGAGUCAUUGGUUCUAGGAAGAUGCAAGAACAUGGAAGAGACUAUGGAGAUGAUCAAAGUAGUUGAAAGAUACCCCAAUAUGCGAUUCAUAGGAAUGCAUCCAGAUGCUAAGACAAUCGACAAAUACAGAAAGAAGUUUGGCGAAAGUUUGAAACGAAAAUUUGUGGUGAAGGAUGUUAUGGAUGAAAUUCCUUUUGGAUUUCAUUUGAUGUGGAAUUUGGAAGGCAUUCAUGAUCAGCCUUAUGAAACUGUGUUAAGAUAUUUUGUGCAGUUGAAGAGAAAAAAGUACAAAUAUGUAGCCUUGAUUCAUGUGUUAAACUCUAGCAACGAAAAAGUGAUCCGAGACAAGGGAACUUAUAUACCCAUCAAUGUAAGACCGAAGUGGCCACAAUCUUCAGUUAUUGCUUUAUGAUAUUUCACAAUUACCGGAUAUGGAAAA